AUUUGGUCACAACCUAUUCAAGGGACCUUACAGUAUCGAUUUUGCCACAAAUUAAAGCUUCUCAAGACAAUGUUUAAAGGGAUAACCAAGAAUAUUGGGGAAGUUACAAUUAGAGCCAAAGAAGCCAAAGAAGCCAAGGAAGCUUUGGAGAGAUGUCAAAGAAUGCUGGAUGAUAACCCAAGUGACCCUGCCAUGAAUCAAGAAGAACAACGACUCCUUGCAAACUACAUUCAAGCUGCUAAGAUUGAGGAGGGAUUUUACAAACAGAAAUCAAGGGUCCAAUGGCUCAGUGAAGAGGACAAGAAUACAUCUUUCUUUCACAAGACUAUGGCUAAUAAAAGGAACAAAAAAAAAGAUUUUGGUUCUUAUGAAAGCUGA